CAAACCCCAGGAAAUAAUUCCCCCCAUGACUCGGGCUUGACGUGCUCGACGCGACCUCUCUGAUUCAGCAUCGUCCACCUCAUAGGUUGCACCGACGACCCGACGACCCGACGACUUGUCACGCCCUCGUUCCCUCCCCCUUGCUCGGCGCAUGAGCGUGCGGCUACCAGCAGCAUCAGCACGCGCCGUCGCCGCCACCGUUGCCCACGCUGCCGGCCCGGGAGCGCGCUCCUCGCUCCCAAAGGGUCCCUCCCCACCACACGCCUCGCUGAACCCUUACCACUACCUCGUAUCCGGGGAUUGCCCCUCUCCCUGGGACGCGGUGGUGGUGGUGGCUCUCUCCGCUUAACAAGCUUGGACACGGCCCUGCUUUAGUUAUCCGGGAAAGGAAGCCCGGGGGGGACACCACCCUUCCCUGGGCGUGGGAUUUUAGAGACGGGACGAAACGUAACUGGUACUACCUGUUUUGGGGUGACAAGGGGGGUGGCAGCUGCUGCUCCUGUUCACACCUUCGGAGACACGAAAGAGACGCCGGAGGGGUGGGACGAAACGCGGUGCCAGGGAUCGGCACUCCCCGCCUGUCCGCUGCGUCCCUCCCUCGACGCCCCGGGAUACCCGCGGCUGCUGACCGUUGACUGAGCUCGGCCCAGGGGCUGGGCUGACCCGCCUGGUCGCCCGGCAUAAGCGGGAGGAGACCCACGCGGGCCCGGGAGCAGCGCGUGCCUCGAUGGGCGGUCAGUCCCCGGGCGACGGGGACGGGGGAGGCGGCCGGCCGGCCACCGGGGACGCACAAAGUCCUGCUACCGUCGGCGCGGCGAGCCCCGCGGCCGGCGUGAAGAGGCGCGAGGCCGGGAGCGUGCCCCGCGACGACGGGUCCGUGGGGGCCGAUGCGGCGGCCGAGGACGGCGCCGACGAGGCCGGCCGGAGGAAGAGGGCCAAGGCGGGACCCGGCAGCCGGGGUGUCGCCAACCUGACGCCGGAACAGCUGGCCAAAAAACGCGCCAACGACCGCGAGGCGCAGCGCGCCAUCCGCGAGCGCACAAAGAACCAGAUCGAGACGCUGGAGCGACGCAUCCGCGAGCUCACGAGUCUCAAGCCCUACCAGGAGCUGCAGGCCGUGGUGCGGGCCAAGGAGGCCGUCGAGCGCGAGAAUGCCGACAUCAAGCGGCAGCUCGCGACUGUUGUUGGCUUGCUCAACCCCAUCAUCGGCGCCGACCGUAAUGCUCCCGGGGCGUCACCAGCGCCGGCUUACGCGCCGCCUACCGCGCCGCCCGCCGCGCCUCCGGUCCCGACGUCGGUGCCGUAUCACGCGUCGCCUACGCCCACGGGUUCCGCUUCGCCCGCCGGGACUAUCGAGACGCCUCACGGAUGGGCUCACGGCGACGCUCCGUCGGUGGGAACGCCAGGGGAGCUCAGCACGGUGCAGCAUCUCCAGCAGCAGCGGCACCGCAUACGACAUGAUCUGGAGAUGGGCCCCGAGCGACUCGAGCUGGGCUUCCUGCUGCAGCAUGGGCAAGGCCAACACUUGAGCCGCUUGCAAGGCGGCAUCCACGGCCCACAGGACACGCCGCAGUACCAGCACGUGCCCAUGAAGCACGACUGGACGGCCGUCACCAAGAACGAGGCGUUGGGGUCGCGGCACAGCCCGCUGGCCGGGACGAGCGGUCCCCUGCCGGGCUACGAUGGGCAGUCUCCCGGCGCGGUCGGGGCGACGGGGGCGCAUCAUCAUCACCCGCAUAAGAGCGGCGCACCGGGGGAGCAUGGUGCGGAGAGCCCGCCGCGGUAUGCCAUGCCCAUCCGACACGGCAGCCCGACGUGCCCGCUCGACUCGCUGCUGCUCGACUUCAUGAGCGAGCGACGGCAGCGGGCGGCCGAGGGCCUGCCGAUGGCGCAGGUCAUCGGGCCGCAGUACCCGUCGGUGUCGUCGCUGCUCAACCCGGCCAACAGCGCGUACAGCCACCCGCUGUCCAAGGUCUUCACGGACAUCCUGGCGACGUUCCCGGACAUCUCGAUGCUGCCGGAGAGGGUGGCGGUGCUGUACGCCAUGUUCCUGCUGAUGCGGUGGCAGAUCGCCCCGACGCGCCAAAACUACGAACGCGUGCCGGCGUGGCUGCGCCCGACGGCCUCGCAGCUGUCGCACCCGCACCCGGCCUGGGUCGACCACGUGCCCUUCCCGGCCAUGCGCGAGAAGCUCGCCCGCGACUACAACCCGCACGAGUACCUCUUCGACAACUUCUUCAUCCCCUUCACCACCACGCUGUGCCUCAGCUGGCCCUACGACGAGACCGACACCCUCCUCCUGGUCCCGGACUCGGACGAGGUCGUCAUCAACCCCGUCUUCGAGCGCCACCUGCGCAACCUCGACAACUGGACCCUCGGCGACCGCUUCGCCCGCGCGUUCCCCUCGCUGGCCGACACGUACAACGUCGAGUCGCGCUCGCGCCACGGAUCGGCCGGCGGGGGGGCGUCAUCGUCGUCGGCGGCGUCGUCGGUGAGCCGGUGACGACAGCCUACUUCCAUCUAUCUUGCGUUCUAUUGCACGCAGGACAUCCAUAUAAUCAUCCUUUAUACGCGUGACUUAGAGCCCCGGCGCUUUUUCUCUUGUUAUUCCCUCUGGAGUUCGUCGUCGAAAAGGAAAGCAAAAAAAGGGCGGGUCGGCGAUGGCGUUGCUUCUUGUCCAUUUACCCUCGGACGGUUUACCAACGCUUUUUAGAGCGGCGCGACACCGCCAACAUACCCAGGACGGAAAGGGGGGACUAACGUACCGACAGGAUAGGGCAAAGGUAAUAGAGUAACAAGCUCGGUGGGAUUUUGGUUAUGUAUUGCUCUCCUUAAGGGGGCACAUGAACGAACAACAUAUACACGUAUAUUCUGUGGGAAAAGGCUUCCC